AAAAUUUAGCAAUCAUUGCAUUGAGGAAGAGCAUAGACGCAAAUACGAGGAAGAGGGAGAGAGAGAGAGACAGAGAGAGACAGCUGGUUUUGAAAGUUGCCAACACUUCCCCUCAUAUUUGAAAAACCUAAAACCCCCCAUUCAAAUCAUCCGUGAGUAAUGGUUCUGUAGAUCCCGAAUUUGUUCGUGCUUCUCUGAUUUUUCUGGAAAAUCUUCCAAUUUUUCUCGGCUCCGAGGUGAGGAGGCGCUUCGUAGGGGAAAAAGGGUUCCAUCUUGUUCGGGCUUUGGGGUUUUCAUUUGGGUUUUUCGAGUCGAGAAAAUAGUUAAGAGAAAAUUAUGAGUAGCAGGAAGGAAGAGGAGAGGAACGAGAAGAUAAUAAGGGGUCUGUUGAAGCUUCCACCCAAUCGCCGAUGCAUCAACUGCAACAGCUUGGGACCUCAGUAUGUUUGUACGAACUUUUGGACUUUCGUUUGUACGACAUGCAGUGGGAUACAUCGUGAAUUCACUCACCGAGUGAAGUCUGUUUCCAUGGCUAAGUUUACUUCCCAAGAAGUUGAGGCUCUUCAAAAAGGCGGAAACCAGCGUGCUAGGGAGAUGUUUUUGAAUGAUUGGGACCCACAAAGGCAGAGACUUCCUGAUAGCAGCAAUGCUGAUAAAGUUCGGGAGUUCAUAAAGAAUGUCUAUGUCGAGAGAAGAUAUGCUGGGGGAAAAAACUCCGACAAGCCACCACGUGAUGAUAAUCUUAGACACCAUGAAGAGACAAGGCGGGCCAGCUCAUAUCACUCUUAUUCUCAAAGUCCGCCAUAUGACUAUCAAUAUGAAGAACGGCGUUAUGGAAAACAAGCUCCUGUGCUUACUAGGAAGCCUGGUUCUGAUCGAUGCCUUUAUGAGGGGAGAAUCUCUGGGUUCUUCAGUCCUAGUCGUUUUACUGACCAAAUGAAUGAUGAUAGGUUUUCAAAUGAGGGAUCAAACCCCAGGGCUUCAGACUAUUCUGUGUCUAGUGCUGGGGAUCCAUUCAGGUCUGCUACCCAGUCACCAGAUUUUGAAAGAGAGAUUGAGUUUAGCAGUCCUACCUAUAAAACUUCAAGGGAUAUAUCAAAUCAACACAUACGACACCAAACAAUGAGGACAUUCUCUUUGUCAAAUGCCAAAACGGAUGCAGAAAAGCUACCCCGUCCACAGAGAACUGCAUCAGCAGGCAGCUUUGGAUCAUUUGACAGUAAUUCAAUGUCUUUCAAGUCAGCUAAUUCAGUUAGUUUAGUGGAUGCCUUAGGACCUGAACCAUCUGCCGAGACAAACGAGGACAGACAGCACGUUGUUUCUUUUGUACCCCAGCUGUCAGAAUCUGGGAGUUUUGGUGGCUUAGACCUGUUCAAUGCACCAUAUGCACCGAAAGAUGUCCGUUCUGCAGCUUCAGACACUGAUUUAUUUCAUUUACCGGAUACAUCACCAGCUCCUGUUGUAGAUUUAUUUCAGCCAUCUUCGAUUUCUUCAGUUCCAGCUUUGCAUCAAUCAUUCCAAGCAGUUACAUCUUCUUUAGACUUAUUCUCAGAGAUGCCUCAGCAGCAGCUAGCUACAAUCUUAGAUCCAAAACCCGUAGAUGUCACUCCGAACAAUGAUGGAUGGGCAACAUUUGAUCUGCCUCAGCAUGUAGCACCUAUGUCAGGCAUUGAUGAUUCUUCUCCUGCAAUAAUCUCUUCUAGUAAUGGAAGUUCCCUGGGUAAGUUUGACCCACUUUUAUGCCCAACUACAAGUGGACAGUGGCCAGCUUCUGGUGAUAUUGAUGCCCAUGGAUGUUUGUCAAUGCCUAGUCCAUGGCAUGACGGUCUGGACAAUCCUCAAGUCAUACAUAACACAAGUAGUGCUCAUUCAUGGAAUGCAUUUGAAGAUGACACUCUAAAUGUACCUCUUGGGAACAUUCAACAAAGUAGCAAAGAAGUUACUGGUGCACCUUCUACAACUGUAAAUAGGCAUGAAAGUCCAGACAAUGCUCAAUUCAUCCAUAACACAGCUAGUGCUCAUUCAUGGAAUGCAUUUGAAGAUGACACUCUAAAUGUAGCUACUGGGAACAUUCAACAAAGUGGCAAAGAAGUUACUGGUGCACCUCCUACUACUGUAAAUCAGUAUUUUACAGUAAGAUUAUCAAAAGACUUUAAUGAUGGGGUAUUAAGAGAUGCUGUGGAUACUGGCCCUCCUGCUCCUGUUAUACCAUUAUAUUUGAAUGGAUCAUCAUACGAUCCAUCUGCAAUUCCUUCUGCACAGGUAGGAGCACAAUUAAAAGCAUCUAACAGCAAAUCUACCAACCCAUUUGAUCUUCCAUAUGAUUCUGAUAUUGGAUCCAGCAGUAUGUUCUUGGACAUGAGCUCUCUGCAAGCUGCCCUACCAACUGGCCAUAUUCCGGAUUCGUUCCUUCAUGAUGUAUCUCAGCCGUGGUAUGCUCAAAAUCCAGUUGCACCCUAUGUUCCAGCUGCACAGCAGGGUGGCUUAGAAUUCAUGGGAGGGCAAGUGGCAAGCACUCAAAUACCGAAUGUCCCAACACAAGGCUCUGUUGCAUCUGUUGGAGGAAACCCUUUUGCAUAGGGGACGCUACGCGGGAUUACUUACCUACCUUCUCACAGUUGCAGGCCGAAGCCUUCUACCGGUUUUGUUCCGGUCUCUUGGAUUUCAUUGGCACAGAUUUAUUCUUUGGCAAGUUCAUCUGCUGUAUUAUUUUAGCCAGAAGAGACUGAUGCUAUGAAAUAUUUAUCUUCACAUUGCGAGGAUGUGCACUUGAUAGCUCCUUGCCUCUAGGUGUCAGGUCUGAACCGGGCAUCAUUGUGCCCAAGUUUCCAAAAUUUAUGUUCUGUCAUGUUAGCUUUCAGUGCCUUCUUGACAAACUAGGUGUGCCGUGUGGGAUCCUAAAAAUUUGAAUAAGUUUGCCACAACCCGUGUAAUCGUAGCAAAUUGAAUGUAUUGGUAGUUAGUUGCUCCAUGUGGGCUUGAAUGGUUGAGUUUAAUUAAAUGGCAAACUGUUACUGUUUGUGUU